AUGCUUUUUCCAGGAGUUUGGGUCUAUGUCCGGCCCCAUUUGCUAGAGUCAGCUGAUCCAUUAUCAGUGAUGCUUGAGGAAGAAGCUGAAGUGAAUGAGGAUGAUUUGGCAAGCCAAACAACCAGUGAAUUGGUUAAAUAUAAAUACGACAUAUUCGAAUGUCCUAAAUGUGGCAACGUUUACCAAAGAAAACAUUCUUUAACAAGACAUUUGAAAUUUGAAUGUCAGAUAGAACCUGGCUACCAUUGCUUAGUUGAAGGGUGUACCUACAAAGGAAAGUAUGAGGUCAGCGUGAAAAGACAUAUGGCCAAUAUUCAUCCUAAAUACAAUAAAAUGCUUCAGGCAAAGGCAAAUAAGAGGAAAAUGAUAAGUGUCACAACUGUGAGCAAUCAAAAGGAUGAAGAAGGGCAAAGAAGCGAGAGUAGAGAUGAAAAUUAUGAAGAAAAUAAUAAACAAAGGACUCCAUUAGAAGAAGAUGGAAAUGGAAGAAGUGAUAAAGAUGACGCCAGAAAUAGUGAAAGAAGUGGUCAAGUGUGCCUAGUUAGAACUUGCACAAUGUCGCCUUUCACACACUUGAGCUGUGAAUGUGAGACUGAACCAGGUUACAGCUGCGUAGUUGAGGGAUGUUCAUACAAAGGAGAUACUGUGGUAGAUCUCAAGAAGCAUAUAACUCGUAAACAUCCGGAGCAAGGACUUUCUGAGAUCAAAAAGAGAUUUCUUAGUUAA